UUUGCACUUGGGCAUUUUACCAUUGUAGAAUAAGAUACUCUGCUCUGUCCCAGUUUAUGCACUACUGUUUCCUUUUUAGUUUGUUGACACAUUAUCCUUAACGGGAUGAUUUAUAGCCAUAGAAAUUGCUAUGGUUAAGCUUCGUGCCCAGUCAAAGUGCAUCAGUUAAAUUGGGACGGAAGGAAUGUAUAGUUAUAAGAAUCCUAAUUUUCUAACAUUUGGUGUCACUUUCUAUAUUUAUUCAUAGUUAUGAAACUCUAAGAUUUAUAUGUGGGAUUGAGGUAUAGUUAAUUGAUUGGUUCUGGAGGGUACAUUUCAGGCUCAUUUCGAUGGAUUUUUCUGUUUAUACAAGCCGGUAUUUCACUGCUCUUAUGGGUAGUAAUUCUAUUCAGCCAGGGAAAACUUGAGGAAUUGAAGGAGUCAAGAAUGGAGGUUGCGGAAUUGGAGCUGUUACUGAGGACCUUUGAAUUUGCUUUGUCCCAAAUUAAAUGGCGUCUCAAACUUCCAUCAAAGCGUCGCCUUCAAACAGAUAUUUUGGCCUUAUGCACUGAGAUGAGGCCAGUUGUAAUGGUGGACUAUGGAGGGAAGAUGCCUGAACUGCAAGACCGGCUCUCUGCAUUCCUUAAACAUUGCCAAGAGGAGUGCUCAGUAUUUAAGCCUUUGCAUGUUAUGGUUAUCGAAGAUAUGAUAUACUUGGUUCAUGCACGAGCAUUUGCAGAGUUUGUUAAGUCUAGUUUGGACUUGGAGACGAGAUUGAUCUUUGUCGACCUUGAACAGGAUCCUCCGAAGAUGAUAACACAAGUGGAAGAAAGCUCUGUGGGCGCAGAACUUGUAUUGGCACAAAGGACAUUUUCCUCUGUCUUUUCUGAAGAUGGAAUAAAGACUGAUCACUUGGAACAUCAGAAACCAGAAGUUAGAGCAAACACUGACUCCUCUGUUUAUGAGCCAACUUCUUCACAGUCUUCUGAAGUAAUUGAUCUCAGUGAUUGCAUUAGAGAAACUCAUGUUACAAUCCCAACUCUAAAUGGAUGGCUGCUUGGUUAUCCUAUAGUUUACCUAUUUGGGAUGUCUCAUAUUGAACAUGCCAUAUAUAACCUCUCGACAAAGUCUCUGCAUCUUUUCCAAGUCCUUGUUUGCAGGUGCAAUAUAGGAUCUCAGGCUCAAAAAGAGGAAUUAAUGAGUUUCUCCGUGCCAUAUGACUUGAGCUUGGAGGGAAUGAAUGAGCCAUGGGCAGAGGCAUUUUUGACUCAUAUAAAGACAAAGCAAGAACGGUGCGACCAAGUUUGGACAUCCCUACAGAUGAAGGUUAGAGCUUGUUACCCGCAAGCAAUUGCGUUAUAGUAAACUGCUAGUUACUGAUGUCAAGUUAAUACUCAAAAAAGAAAAAAAAAACAUAUUUUUCAAAAUUAUUGCUAAUGCCAUGGCUGCUAUGUAUUUUUGAAUCACCAAGUACACUGAUUAUUUGGAAAGUGACAGUUUCCAAUGUGCACUUUUGCAAAUUAGUUAUUUUGAUCCCAAUUAGUUGA